AUGGCAACCACAACCGCAAAUGCUACCGACGUCAUGAGUGAGGCAAACAAAGUAAUUCUCGCACAAAAGGAAGCCUUUGAAGCGCGUCUUCAGGCAAAGAAAGAGAAGACUCCUGCUCAGCUUGUUGUUGAAUCUUGGACAGCAGUCAUGAAUAUCGUUGACUACGAAAAGGUAGCCGGCGAAAUUCUCCUACGAAGAGUCUUUGAAUUGAGUUACGAUGCCUUUCGUCUCUUUCCAUAUGCCAAGAAGUAUCCUUAUAACGACGAGGCAUUGUUUGAAGAUGAAGAGUUCGUGGACAGUUCCACUGCCGUAAUUGGAACGAUCACAGCUGCUGUUGGUCUUUUGGAAAGUGGAGACACUGAUACACUGGACCUUGUAUUGAAGGAUAUUGGUUUCAGACAUUUCAGAUUCAAUGAGUCACACUACGCCGUUGUCGCGGAAUCCCUACUGUUCACCUUGGAAAUGGCGCUGGACACCGACUUUACAAACAAGGUGAAAGAAGCUUGGGAAAGUGUUUUUGCAGUCGUCCAAAAGCAGCUAAAGAAGGGUGCUAUGGAAGCCAAAGCCAUUGAAAAGGCCCAGAUGCUUGAAGCUGUCAUUUCGACCGACGAAGUCGAAGAGCCAGAGGAGGAGGUCAAGCCAGAUGUCAAGCCGGAUGUCAAGACGGAAAUCAAGCCUGCCGUAGUCAAGCCUAUCGCCGAGAAGAAGUUGCCAAUUGAAGAACCGGUCAAGAAGGAAUUGAAAAGUUCAAUCACAUGGGUGCUCAAGAAGAGCAAGAAGACCAGCAAGAGCGGACUUACAUUUGCUUCCAAGAAUGGAGUUGUCGCAUUGAAGGCAGUCGAAGGAAGAGCAGCUGCAAAGACAAACCUUUCUGUCGGCCUUCAAGUGUUGAAGGUUGAUGGCAAAGAGGUCAAAUCUGCAUCAGAAGCUGUCAAGGCCUUCGCCAGUGCCCCUGCUGGACCGGUCAAGAUCAUGACCAACGGUUCGCACCACACUGCAAAGAAAAUGACAAGUAAAGACAAGGCUGGUUUCGCCAUCCAACCCUACCACUUAGACAAGAGCUUGAUUGAAAUCUACAAAGUAAACGAAUUUGGAAUGUUCCCUGACCUUGAGCCUGGACAUUUGUUGUGGAGUAUCAACGGAAAGCGAAUUGUUAACGUUCAACAAGGAAUCAAGCUUAUGGCCAGCAAGAAGGUGUUGAUGCUGGUCAUUGUGGAUCCAGCUGACCUGAACGGUAUCAAGGCAUCUGAUGCCAAGGAAGCAGAUUUCAGUCCGAAGAAGACAUCUGUUGUAAAGGAGCCCACUGUCAAGGUCACUCCAGUCAAGGAAGAGCCCGUCAAGGAAUCCAAUCCAGCCGAAGAACCUCAAUCUGGAGGCGUGAUUUGGACCUAG